UGGUAUAUGUCCGUUGUCAUCAUAAACAAAAUAAGGCCCUAUCUCCAGUGUGGAAGGGUCCAUUCAAAAUUAUAAAACUUAAUGGAAAUCAUUCGGUUACGCUGCUCAUAAACCGUAAACACGUACGUCAUCAUUAUGACGAAAUCAAACUAGCUAGUGACGUCACGUCUUAGUAUCAAGUAGCAUAACGAAAUGAUACAUAUUGUUUAUUUCAGGUUGAUGUUGCCGGUGACUAUCACCUGCGAAUACGUAUCACCCGUAAUCAACAGUCCUGGCCUUUAUUUUGAUAAGCUUUUAGAUGUUAAGUUUACCAAUAGUGAUUGGAAUAUUUUAGCAUACGUAGAUAUAAGCCAUGUACAACCCAACUUAGACAAAGUAGAGUUUUUAUUUGAAAAACUUAACGUAUUCUGUAAUUCAAUGACUUCUUCUAAAAUACAGUCAGAUUGCAUUAAUUCAUUAUCCGCUCUUAAAAAUCAACAUAUUUUGAAUGUAAAUAAAUUCUCUUCUGUAGCAUAUCUAGUAAUAGAUGGAAAUCCCGGUACGCGCUUUAAAAGAGGUUUAAUGGAUUUCGGUGGCUCCCUGCUAAAGACUAUUUUUGGUACAUUAGAUUCAGAUGAUGCAAUUAAAUUCUCACGGGCUAUUGAAGAUGUACAAACGGAUGAAAAACGUCUCGCUCAUCUUAUGAAGGACAAUAUACACGUAAUAAAGUCAACAAUUUCAUAUUUUAAUAAUACCAUGUCUAAAGUAGAUGAGAACGAAAACCAUAUAUUAAAAAAUCUAAAAACUAUCCAUAAAAUUUUAGAAACUGUAUCAAAUAACAACGAUAAACUAGAAAUUAAAUCUCAAUUAAGCUCACUACUAAAUUCAUUACAGUCCAUUAUCACGACCUUGUCCUUCGAUAUAGAAGAUGUAAACAAUGCUAUCCUUUUUGCAAAGCUAAACAUUUUACACCCGACGGUACUCAGCCCGCAUCAGCUGUACAAUGAAUUAGAUAAACACAGAAAUAGUCUUCCUAGCCAUUACGAGCUCCCGACACCCUUAACUUUACAAAAUAUACAUAAUUUAAUAGAUAUAUCCAAACUAACAUGUUUUUAUCAUAUGAACAAAAUUAUAUUUGUAAUUAAGAUUCCACUUGUACUACCACAAGCUUAUGAAUUGUAUAAAAUAAUUCCGUUACCUGUUGCUUACGAUAUGUCGAAACCUGAUACAUUCGUCCUUGUUGAGCCAACGAGCUCUUACGUAGCAAUAACAGCUGAUCGCAUGUUUUACUCACUGAUAGGAGACGUCGACAAGUGCAAGGUCAUUAGUGAGAAAUGCCACGUGUGCAUAUUAGUGAAUGUGUUUUCAGUGAUUGCGAAUCCCACGUGUGAGACGACUCUUUUGAGUGAUGUGGUCAGUAAACUUCCUGACAUAUGUGUAACGAAACUAAUAUAUGGGUCAAUAGAUUUGUUUCAUAAGUUAACUUUUAAUCGAUGGAUUUUUGUACAGUCUGAACCAGGGAAGUGCCACAUAACUUGCGAUGAUAAAAAUGUUAACUCUGAUAUUAUUUUAUUUGGAACUGGCAUUUUAACUCUACCUAAGACAUGUAAAGCAUUUUAUAAAACCUUACAGUUUACAGCCGUUGGCAAAACAGUCAUCACUAAUGUAACUAAUACAAUAUCUAAUUUUAACAUCUUACAAGAUGAUUGUUGUGAAAGAUCUAGAUUAAAUAAAACACUAGAACGAUUACCGUAUUCUAAGCUUAAUAACUUAGAUAAUCUCGAUUCCUUACUACAUGCCAGCAUCCAUCUCAGCUCUUUCGAAGAUGAAAUUAAUAAGCUUGAAAAUCCAUCUCACUUUGAAACUUAUGGCACGCAUUAUCUAUCCCUGAGUUUAUUUAGUAGCACUUUAAUUUUAAUAUACCUUUUGUACAAAUGUCGCAAAAGAUUAUCUACACCUAUGGAGUCUCCAUGUUGCAUCCAAAUAUUUAAUCAAUGUCAUAGUAAAAAUAACUCUACUCCACAAACCACGCAAACUACAUUUCAUAGAUACUCUCUCAAAUCCUCAGAUAGAGAUGUUACUGAAAAUUUAGAAGAGGAAGUGCGCAUGACGCCUUCUCCUACCAAGAGGAAUAUACACAACUUUACAAGAAGCCACGAUUCCUAG